ACGGACUGCCCGCCGAGAGGCCUAGCUCCCGGGCGGCGGCGGCGGCGCGGGCAUGGAGCCCCUGCGGGUCCUGGAGCUGUACAGCGGCGUCGGCGGCCUGCACCACGCGCUGAGAGAAAGCUGUAUGCCCGCACGAGUGGUGGCUGCCGUCGACGUGAACACUGUUGCUAAUGAAGUCUACAAGCAUAACUUUCCUCACACACAGUUACUGGAGAAGACCAUUGAAGGUAUUACAUUGGAGGACUUUGACAAAUUAUCUUUCGAUAUGAUUUUAAUGAGCCCUCCGUGUCAGCCAUUCACAAGAAUUGGCCUACAGGGUGAUAUGAGUGACCCAAGGACAAAAAGCUUCUUACAUGUCCUGGAUAUCCUCCCAAGAUUACAAAAAUUACCAAAAUAUAUCCUUCUUGAAAAUGUUAAAGGGUUUGAAGUGUCUUCUACAAGAGACCUAUUGAUACAAACAAUAGAAAAUUGUGGAUUUCAGUACCAAGAAUUUCUGUUAUCUCCAACUUCUCUUGGCAUUCCAAAUUCAAGACUAAGGUAUUUCCUCAUUGCAAAGCUUCAGUCAGAGCCAUUACCUUUUCAAGCCCCUGGUCAGGUACUGAUGGAGUUUCCCAAAAUGGAACAUGAGUAUCCACAAAAAUAUGCGGUAGAUGCAGAAAAGAAAAUUAAAGAAAAGAAAAUUGAAGCAAGCAGCACACGCUCUUCUGGAAAGGAUAGCAUUCUCUAUAAGCUUGAAACAGCUGAAGAAAUUGACAGAAAAUACCAACAGAACAGUGAUCUCUCUGUGAAAAUGCUGAAAGAUUUUCUUGAAGAUGACACUGACAUGAGUCAAUACUUUUUACCACCGAAGUCAUUGCUGCGAUACUCUCUUUUAUUGGAUAUUGUCAGCCCUACUUGUAGAAGGUCCACAUGCUUCACCAAAGGUUAUGGUGCCUACAUUGAGGGGACGGGAUCUGUGUUACGGACAUCAGAGGAUGUUCAGAUUGAGGAUAUCUAUAAUUCCCUUACCAACUUGCCAGAAGAAGAAAAGCUAACAAAAUUGGAGAUGCUUAAACUGCGAUACUUCACUCCUAAAGAAAUAGCAAAUCUCCUUGGAUUUCCUCCAGAUUUCGGAUUUCCGGAGAAGAUAACAAUGAAGCAGCGUUACCGCCUACUUGGAAAUAGUCUCAAUGUGCAUGUUGUUGCUAAACUAAUCAAGAUCCUGUGUGAAUAAUUCCGAAAUAACAGAAAUAAAGAUCAUGAUAUUCCUCUACUUCCAGGAAGUAAUUCUGAAAUUGUGUUUUGAGCUAAUUCUGAUUAAGAUUCAACUAAAUUAUUUUAAUCUUUCCUUGGUAAAAAAAAAUGGAAUUUAUCACAAAAUAUGAAUGUUUUAUUAAAUCUGUGAUGCUGUAUUUUGUAAAGUGUUAGAUUGUUGUUUUGCCUUAUGAAGAAUAUAUUUUUAUAUGAAACUUAAAUAUGUCUGUCAAAUACUUUUGGAAUCUGGUACAAAUAAAUUUAAUCUAAACAAAU